AUGGUCUCUGUUCUACCUAAUUCCGAUAUUCCCACACACUGCAAGGCAGGUGUCGUGGUCAACGAGGGACCAGAUUUUCAUAUUGAGAUACAGAUGGUGCCAGUUCCAGAGACAGGUCCUGACGAGAUUCUUAUUCGUCUUAAUUUCACGGGACUCUGCACAUCAGAUAUUCAUUUUAUGAAGGGGGAUAUUGGUUUCCCGCCAAUGUCACAUUAUGGUGUCCGAUCCCCUGGUCACGAGGGUGCCGGUAUAGUUGUCAAGACUGGAGCCAAUGUGAGGAACUUCAAACUUGGAGAUAGGGUCGGCGUCAAGCCCCUGGUGGAUACGUGCCAUGGGUGUGAUCUGUGCUGGGGUGGUAAGGAAACUUACUGCAAGAAAGGUAUUCAUUCAGGCCUUAUGACUGCAGGAACAUAUCAACAGUAUAUCACCUCUCCAGCACGAUACGCAUCUCCGAUCCCAGAUGGGGUCCCCGAUGAAGUUGCCGCACCUAUAAUGUGUAGUGCAAGUACCAUGCAUCAAUCACUGGUGGAAUCCCACCUUCCAGCUGGUUCGUGGGUGGUCUUUCCUGGUGGAGGUGGUGGGGUGGGUAUACAGGGUGUUCAAUUGGCCAAAGCGAUGGGCAUGCGACCUAUCGUUGUAGACACAGGUGAUGAAAAACGCGAGUUAGCCCUGAGAAUGGGAGCAGAGGCAUUCGUGGAUUUCAAGACAGCAGGUGAUCCCGUGGCGGCGGUGGUUCAAGUGGCCGAUGGUGUUGGUGUCCAUGGUGUUUUCGUCACUGCGCCGGCAGCAUACAAGGAUGCUGUGUCGUAUAUCGGGGGUCGAAUCGGGGCCAUUGUUAUGUGCAUUGGGAUCCCUGCAGCUGGAACGAUGGUUCUUGGAGCUGAUCCUAUGGAGUUUAUUCUGAAGAACCUGAGUAUCAAGGGCACGUUAGUAGGAAGCCGUCGGGACACUGCUUGUGCAUUGGACUUUGCGAAAAGGGGCAUGCUACGGCAGAUCAGUGAGGUUUAUCCAAUCAAUCGGCUUCCUGAGGCUGUGGAUAAACUAAACCGGGGGGGAAGUUGCGGGGCGCAUUGUGGUUGA